UUUAUUUAUGCAGGUGAUGAGCCCAAACAGGGCUACGCAACGAUUAUAUGGUUUCACCCUGGAAACUUCAACAUAGGCACGCCUGCCAUGUGGAACCCUCACACCCUGGUGUACCGCCAAAGGGUGAUAAUAGUAACAGUAGGCUGGAGACUAAACAUAAUGGGCUUUUUCACAACCAUGGACGGAGAAGCUCCGGGAAACUACGGGUUGAUGGACCAACAAGCAGCCAUGCAAUGGGUAAAAAGAAAUAUAAAACUGUUCGGGGGAAAUCCAGAUAAUAUUUGCAUUAUGGGUUAUGGGUCUGGAGCCACCAGCGUUAUGUUGCAUAUGGUCAGUCCUGGAUCGAGGGGACUUUUCAACAAAGCUAUUGCGAUGAGUGGAAAGAGCUACCUAUCCCCAUCUUCAGUAAAAAAGGCUUCGGAAGACAAAGAAUUAGUAGAUAGACUAGCAACUACCUUUGCCUGCGACCGCAGACCUACUUCAAAACUACUAGAGUGUCUGAGAAACGCCGAGGCAGAAACACUAGUACAGGAAUCCUCCUACAUCAACUGGAGACCUCUGCUAGAUGCAGAGUUGACCAACAGAACGAUUCCAUUCCUACCAGAGCUUCCAAUAAAGUAUUUUGAAAGAGAGGAUUACAAGAAAGUACCCUUACUGACUGGCUACACCCAUAUGGAGCAAGUGCUGGAACUAGACAGUUUGAUAAACCUAACAACGACUUCAACAGAAUACCUUAAAAGUCUAUUAACAGAACAAAUAAGUGGCGAUAUUCCACCUGUAAAUAAUACCGAGUCUUCCUGUAAUUACAAUCUUGACCAUAUCACCGAUGCUGUAAUGUUCUUCUAUGGCCCUACACGUCCCAUCAAGGAUGUGGAAACAUUCAGGAAUAUCUUGAUAAACUUUGUUACCGAAAGAAAUUUUGCUGCUUCUACUUUCCUGCUGGCGUCUUAUAUGAGCAAAGCACAACCCACCUAUGUAUACAGGUUUGACAUAAAGCCCAGUACCCCCGCAGCUGUGAGCUACUUGCCCGAUUGGGUGAGCGUGCCCCACUUGUUCGACCUUAUAUAUGUCUGGGGGGUGCCUUAUUGGACUACAGGUCAGGAGUGGGAUAUUCGAGACAAGCGGAUAGCGGAUACGAUAAUGUCAUUUUGGACAAAUUUUGCCAAGUCGUCCAAUCCUACCAAAAACAGUAUUUAUCCUGUCAUGUGGGACAGAUUCAGCGAAGAUGAACCGGGAGUACUUAUAAUCGAUAGUACUUUCAAUAUGAGUAACUCGAACAAUUUGAACUACAAAGCUUUCGAGUUUUGGAACAACUACUACCCGAAAGUAAGAGCAGUUGCCACUCAGUGUUGUGAGCCCCCAGACAGUGCGACUGGAAAAAUAUUCGAGAAUUUAUUAUUGAUAGCUUCAAUUCAAAGUGCACUUCUAUAUAUUGUAGUUUUCAAUUAGACGGAGGUUAUAGAGGUUUAACAAAAUUACCUGAAUGUAUUUUAUUAUACCCAUGCCUGUAUUUACAUAAUAUUUGCAAUAAAUACUAAUGAUGAGGAACAGAUGUUAUUUGCUAAAGAAAAAUAGUUUAUAUCAAGAGAUCCAGGAACCAACCCAGGCUCAACAAAUGCUGCUCAUAAGUUGUAAACAAGAUCAAUUUGAACAAACAGAUGAGAUCUAAUCCAAUAUUCUACACAAGGGUUCAAUUCUUUCAGGUUUUUUGUGAGUAGAUUUUAUUGUCCAGCUCUUAUCCACCCCUCAAAGGAUGGUGUAAAAAUUGAAACACUCCCCA